AUCAGUUGAAUCUUGUAACUUGGUUGUAGUUGUGUACUUGUCUCACCAGUUCUACCUACAGAGAGUAACAAAGUAACAGGUGUACCCUCGGGGUAAUAUGACCCACAACCAGCGCUCCUUCAUACUGUGUGGACACACUACCUACGAGGCGGACACCACCACUGAGGAGCAAGCUAACUUCUUUUACGAGGUGUACGGACACUCUGCUAAGAGGUACAGAACCCCCUCCGGGUCCGGGAAUUCUAGUAAAAUUAAAGAAACAACCUAUGUUAUCAGCUCGGAAUCUUCGUCUAGUCGGCCCAAAGGGGCGAGUCAGUCCUCUUACUCAGAAGUCAGCACGCCGGUUACGCCGACAAGUGCUGGGACACCAGGGCGGGUCACACCGGGGGCUGCCACAGAGCAACACAGACUGAUUACAGACGAGGGGGAGGCUAACUUACCACUCUCUACUGAUGACCCUGAGUUUUACAAACUUGUAGUGGAGGCAGAGAGGGCUAUAGAGGAAGGGAUACUCCCGGAGAGGAUAUUCCAGGGUAGCAGUGGGAGUUAUUUUGUGAGAAGUAGAGAUAAUCUCACUGUUGGGGUGUUUAAACCUAAGAACGAGGAACCCUACGGCCACCUCAACCCCAAGUGGACUAAGUGGAUGCAGAAGAUGUGCUUCCCGUGUUGUUUUGGUCGGUCGUGUCUCAUUGCAAAUCAGGGCUAUAUGUCUGAGGCUGGAGCCAGCUUAGUGGACAGGAAACUAGAACUGAACAUAGUGCCAAACACCAAGGUGAUCGCGCUAGCCAGUGAGACUUUUAACUAUACCACCAUCGACAAAGCUAAGGCUAAGUCAGUUAAGUUCGCCACAGAACGGUUCCCGGAUACGUUAGGUAAGAAGAUGAAAGCAGGUCUGCCCCCUAAGAUAGGCUCCUUCCAAGUCUUUGUAAACGGUUACAAGGAUGCGGAUCACUGGGUGAGGAGGUUCCAGGAUGAACCUCCCCCAGAACCAGUUCGGGAACACUUCCAACACUUGUUUGAGAAGCUUGUUUGUCUGGAUUACAUCAUCAGGAACACAGACAGAGGGAAUGAUAACUGGCUGAUUAAAUACGAUAAAUACAAAGCGGACACACCGGAAGAGUGUAUUUACGUGGCAGCAAUAGAUAACGGACUGGCAUUCCCGUUCAAACACCCUGAUGAGUGGAGGGCAUACCCCUACUAUUGGGCGUGGUUACCUUACGCUAGCCAACCCUUCUCAGAGAAAACAAAGGAACUCCUCCUCCACAAACUGAAGGACUUGACCUUGGUUAAGGAGAUGGUGGAAGAGCUGUACAAACUGUUUAAACAUGACAGAGGGUUUGAUAAGUCGCUGUUUGAUAAACAAGCAUCAGUUAUGAGGGGUCAGAUAUUGAACUUGUAUCAGGCGCUAGAUAGUGGAAUGUCACCUCUACAGUUGGUUCAGAUGCCUCUACUCAGGAUAGAGUGCGAUGGGAGGAGUAAGGGUUCCUCCUUUAUUCAGCAGUUUCAGGAUAAAUACCCUUUCUUUUCAUCUUGUUGAUGUGAUAAGGGGUUUCAAGGGUCUGAUUAACAUUUGAUUGCAGGGAACUAAUUUUAAAAUUAUGGUCUGCUGUUGGAGGUCCGCUUCAUACCCAAAAUUAAAACAGUCCAUACAUUACAAGAAAUGGCAAAAAUCGGAUAUUGCCCAUGGUGGGUAUCUUUAAAAAUGAUCUACAUUAAUAUAUUUACAUACAUGUAUUUAAUAUCUGAAGUUAAGAUACAUAGCCACUUUGCUAGAUAACAAAAGAAAUAAUGAAACGCUAUGUAACACUAAUCAUGGAGACAUUAGAAUAUUUCUUACGUCACAGCUUUAGGAAUUCGUAAAUUGUUGAUCAUGAUAGUGUGUUUAUAUCAACCCUAUCUUUCUGAGAACAUUUUAAACUAUUGACAGAUUUUGAAAUUGUUAUUAAAUGAGUUUUCUUAUUUUUGGUGGUUAAACUUGUGGUGAGCUGAUAAUGUUGAGAUGUAAAUUUGUAAUUUAUGUAACUCCUUUGUCCU